GACAUCGUCAGCUGACUCGCUCGCUGACAGGAAAAGGCCACAGGAAGGAAUUCGUGUUUGUCUGUUUUUACACUGAUUAUGGGAUGUUUUCCCAGAACUGAUGCUUUUUAUGGUUAACGUGUCUGGCGAUUAAGAAGAGUUGAAUUGAUCUGAUCUCUGUUGCACGGGAUUGCACCAUGUUAAACAAUCGAAAAGAAAGAAGCCUAUUUAUAUCCAUGUAGUAAGGCUUGGCAACAUGUCUGGAUCUGUUGCAGGUAAAAUGGGGAACAACACUAGUGUUAAAGAAAUCGAGGAUAUACCAGAAGAUAAUGGAAUUCGUUUCCGCGGAAAGCUCGUCCCAGAAGAGAUUCUUUGCAUCAUCUUCUCCUUCGUUCCUGGAAGGGACCUUUUGCGUUCAGUGACAUGCGUGUGCAAAUACUGGCAUGACCUCCUCACACAUUACCACUUUUGGUUCAGAAAACUAGAAGUUGAAAGGAUCACCUUAUCAGAUAAAACCAAAGAAAAACUGCUCUCACUUGAUGAUGAAAGGAGUGUCCUGUAUAUACUGCAAGGGCUUGCUAUACACUACCUGCCUCUCAACAGGAACCUGAUCAAGAAUCCUUGUGGUGCUAAUGGCAUGAAAUACUGGCAGUGCCAACACAACAAAAACAUGAUCACAGUAGAGUCCACGCCCAUAGGUAGUGACCCAAUACCUGAAGAAGCAGGACUGCCGACACAGCACUGUUUCGUCACCUCGUAUAUGAUGAGCUGCAGAACGCAAACCUUUACACUGAAUAAGCUUGGAAUCUCACCAAAAUUGAUGGAUUUAGUGAAACCAGAUAUCUAUGUGUGUCAAUGGGUGAGUGGAAGGUGGGACUGUCGAUCGCAGAGUGAGGUUGUGAUUGAACUGUGUGGCACGCACGAGACAAGGCGUGUCAAACUGACGUGGAGUUCUGACGACGAUGAUGUUGUGGCGAGGAAGUGGUAUAAGAUGGAGACAACAAUAACAGACUACCCAGAAGGACUCUCCCGCAUAUCUUACUCAAGUUUUGGGAAGGACCUGCAGUUCUGGGCUGGAUUUUAUGGGUCGAAAACCACAGGAUCCACAUUGAAAUUGGUUUUCAACUGAAUGAUAUUAAGUUAGAAUCAAAUACUCAAUUUUACUUGAAGAGACUAAUGCUCUUGCUGUUUUUCUCUCCUCUUUCUUCCUUUUCCUUGUCUGUUCUCUAUUCUCUACCUCUUUCUUUCUUUCGUACUCUCUCUCUCUCUCUCUUCCUCUCUCUCUAUAUAUAUACAUAUAUACAUAUAUAC